UGGCUAGCGGCAAACUAUCGACAAGUUUCGAAAAUAUUUUCAGUUCGACGCUUCGGUUUUUUUUGCGAAACUUGAUAGUGGAACGGCACCGUAUGGCUACGCUACGGAACCACACAUCAACCGGCGGUGGCAGCAGCGGCGUGGACUCGCCGCAGGACGCGGGUGCCUCGCUGGCCAUCGGCUAUGUGCGUGAGUUCAGGGCGCGGGCGGCCGCCUUCAUGAUGCAGCGCUCCGAGGAGUCCCUGGUCUACGUGCAGCGUUCUGUGGCCCUACUGGGCACCAAGGUGCAGCCGGUGCACUUUGCCCCCUCGCCGGGCAACCUGGAGCUGGCCCGCUUCUACGUCGACCUGCACGCCUUGAUGGGCGCUCUGGAGAACGAGGCCACCGAGGGCGAUUUGCUGUGGGCCUGCGUCGGCCUGGUGCAGCACUGCAGCCUCAAUCUGGAGGCACGCCAGGCGAUCGUCGAGAGCUUCUGCUUUGUCCCCUUGCUGGGCGUGCUCAUACGGCGCACGAAGCGUGUGGAGCGAGUGCAUCGGCUGCUGGUGCUGCUGCAGGACCUCACAUACGGCAUCCACAUCGCCUGGGAGGAGCCCUACCUGGCGGCCCUCAUCGAGCACCUGGUGGGCAUCGUGAUGGGGACGGGUGACGGUGCGAGUGCCUCGAACGGUGGUGGUUCUGUCCGCGACGACGACGACGACUCGCACGUUCUGCUCGCCCUCUCCGUGCUGGUGAACCUCUGCUAUAAGAACUUCGCCGUGCUGUUCCUCUUCCUGCGCAGCGUCAACAUAUCGGCCUUCUGCCGGGCCAUCCAAACCUACGGCCUGCUGGCCUACAAGAUGCUCAUCAUCCUCUCCGAGGACGUGUACGCCUUCGAGCUUCAGGAGCUGUACACCUUCCUGGGCAUGUCCUUUGCCGGCAUCGAGGAUUGCCUCAAGCACUGGAACGUCGCCCAGCUGCGGCACAUCGUGGACUUUCUGCUGGACUCGCAGGCCCAUGCCGGCCUCCAUCGGGCGAUGCUGUCGCACAGCAACUUCUGCGCGGAUGUGGAGAAGCUGCUGGACCAAAUCGACUCGCGCAGCGGCAUGGACGACUCGCAGGAGGAGACGCGCAAACACCAGCAGAUUUGCCUGGGCCUCGUCUUUCGCCUCAUCAGCUACAUCUUGCAGCUUUCCGAGGACAGCAGCAGCCCCAUCAGCCUGGAUUCGAUCACACCGCGCCUGUACGAGAUGGUCAGCGAAUGGUUGAGCUCGGAUCUGUGUGGCGUGGCGGCCAUUGAGCUGCUCUGGACCCUGUUGCGCUUGGGCAAGCGAUCGGCGGUGGCGCAGCUCGUGGCCCGCGAUCCUUCGCAUGUGGUCAGUCUAGUGGCCAGUGCCGAGCGAUCGGACACCAAGCCCUCCCAAGUAUUGGCCACUCUGCGUCUGCUGAUCGUUCUGCUGCAGGAGGCCAAGACCGAAAAGCUGGUGCUGUCGAAGAUCUCCGAGUCGUACUUCGACAAGAUCCUGGCGGCCCCGCUCGCCCUAGUUCCCCAGUACCUCAGCACACAGAGUCUGGCGCAGAGCGAUGUGGAGAAGGCUUGCUUCUGCCUGCUGCUGCUGGUCAAUGUGGCCGGCAUCGCCAAGAAGGCGUACCUGGACAAGUGCUGCGCUCUGCUGGGGCAGCCACAGUUGCAGUACUGCCUGGCCCGCGGCAUGGUCAGCAAAAGCGAACCGCUGGUGGCCGCCGUUCUCCAAAUCGCACAGUUCGAGGACUUUCCCAAGGCAGCGGUGGCCAAGCAUGUGGCUGCCAUCACCAGUAAUCCAAGCGGUUUGAUGGCGCAGUCCUCAGCAGUCUGCGGCGACCAGGCCGAACAGUGGCGAAAUCUCAGCUCGAUCCUCAAGGGUCACCGCACCUUCAUCGACAAGGACAUGUCGCAGCGGGUGAACGCGCUGCUGGACAACAUCGGCGGCAUCUUGCGGCGCAACGAACUGGCAUCGGCCCCAGUCUCCCAGGUUAUCGAGCUGUAUAACCACCGCAUCGACAGCCUAAACGGCGCCGUCCUGAGCCUGCAGCAGCGGCUGGAGCAGGCGGGCCAGCAGCUGGUCGCCGGCACACAACUGGCCCACGUUCAAAGCGCCGAGCUAGAGCGCUUUCAGUCCACCAACUUUGAGCUGCUCAUCAGCCAAGAGCGGCUGCAAACCCAGUGCAAGGAUCUCAAACAGCAGAAGGUCGAACUGAAGAGCAACAUGACCAACCUGCUGAAGCAGAUGUCCGAGACCUCAUGCAAUUUGCAGGCCAUGGAACGUCGGCAGCUGGUAAAGAACUCCGAGAUUGCCGACCUGAAAAAGGACUGUGAUGAGCUGCGUUCGAGCCUGAACGCCAAGACCGAGGAGCUGACCAAGCUGGAGGCUCACAACAAGGAUAACACUUCUCGCAUCGACAAGCUCAAGAAGUCCAUGCUGGCCUACGAGCAGGACAUGAAGGAGAAGCUGCGCACCAUCGAGGAGCGCGAGCGAGAGCUGGCCAAGACGCACAAGGCGCUGGAGGAGCAGCGGGAGGCGUGCAAGAAGUCGGAGGACCUGGUCUCCGUGCUGGAGACGCAGCUGCAGGAGCGAAAGGAGCAGAUCGAGCAACUCGAGAACGAGCAAAAGGAGACGGAGGACUUGCGCAAGACCAUUAUGAGUCUGAUGGAGAGCAAAAAGCCGAAACGCAAGGCCUGACCCCUGUUCUAAACUAGCAUAGAUUAGCAAUCCACUUAAACCAUCAGUCGGCAUCAAAAACUCAUUUUUUUGUUUUAUAUUUAUAUACAUUUAUUGCGUCUUGCACUGUAUACUGCAAUUCAUCGUUGCCGUGCAAGGUUCCAAUUCCAAUCCAAUUUAAAAAAAAACCAAAAUACAAAACAAUUGAAUAAGCCAA